AUGCUUGGCAUAAAGGCUUGGGCUGGGAUUGUUGUGGAACGGGCUGCAGAGGACCCAUUCGGCUUCCUUACAGCAGUUAUUUUAGCCCUCCCACCACUGUUCCCAGCUAGUGCUGUUCUGUCCUGGAAGUUGGCCAAGAUGAUUGAAGCCAGGGAGAAAGAGCAAAAGGAGAAACAAAAACAUCAAGAAAAUAUUGCAAAAGCUAAAGGGCUAAAAAAGGGUUGA